AUGCUGAACAUCAACGUAGGUGGGAAGGAGUAUCAGAUCUCAUACAGGGUUGCUGCCAAGUAUCCCAAGACCAGGAUCGGCCGCCUGGCGACAUGCACAGACCCCAACAGAAAGCUGGACCUGUGUGACGACUAUGUUGUCCAAAACAACGAGUUUUUCUUCGACAGGGACCCGGACAUCUUCCACAGCAUCUUCAACUUCUACCGGACGGGCGUGCUCCGGAUCAAGGACGAGCUGUGUCCCAGGAACUUCCUGGAGGAGAUCAACUAUUGGGGCGUCAGGAUCAAGAACACACACCGCUGCUGCCGCAUCUCCUUUGAGGAGCGCCAGGAUGAACUCAAUGAGCAGCUGAAGAUCCAGCGGGAGCUGGAGGCCGAGGUGGAAAUGGAGGAGAAUGAGGACCUGUUCCACGGGAUGGCGUUUGGCCAGACACGCUGGAUCAUCUGGAACCUGAUGGAGAAGCCCUUCUCCUCCGUCACCGCCAAGCUCAUGGCUCUGGCUUCCAGCUUCUUCGUGCUGGUGUCCCUGGUGGCCAUGACGCUGAACACGGUGGAGGAGAUGCAGUACAACACCCCCACGGGCCAGCUGAGCGGGAAGACCUACGGGGAGCAUGUGGAAACCUUCUGCAUCGCUUUCUUCACCAUGGAGUACCUGCUGCGUCUGGUGUCCACACCGGACCUGCGACGCUUCGGGAAAAGCGUCCUGAACGCGGUGGACCUGAUUGCCAUCUUUCCCCUCUACCUGCAGCUAGUGCUGGAGUGCUUCGAGAACGACGACUACGGGAAGCACCAAGACAUCGAGACGGUGGGCCGGGUGGGCAAAUUGGGCCAGGUGCUGAGAAUCAUGCGUUUGAUGAGGAUCUUCCGUAUCUUGAAGCUGGCACGCCACUCUACGGGGCUGAGAGCAUUCGGCUUCACGCUGCGCCAGUGCUACCAGCAGGUGGGCUGCCUAUUCCUUUUCAUCGCCAUGGGAAUCCUCACCUUCUCUGCCAUGGUGUACACGGUGGAGCAUGAUGUCCAUCAGACCAACUUCACAAGCAUCCCUCACGCAUGGUGGUGGGCAGCUGUGAGCAUCUCUACUGUGGGCUAUGGAGACAUGUUUCCAGAGACCAUCCUGGGCCGGCUGUUUGCUUUCGCCUGCAUCUCCUUUGGGAUCAUUCUGAACGGCAUGCCCAUAUCCAUCCUGUACAACAAGUUCUCAGACUACUACACCAAGCUGAAGUCUUAUGAGUACAGCUCCACGCUGAAGGCUCGGGGCAAGGUCAGGUUCGCCAAGAGGGCGGCCAGGAAGUUGACCAAAUGCUGUGACGAUGCAGUCCAUAAACACACUGGUGAAUGUUCUCUGAGCACUAUGGGAGACUUUCCAUUCAAUUAAUAGAUAUGCUGUGACAGCAUAAAAUGAUUUCUACCAAGUGGGGUUCCAAGCGAGCUGGAGUUACUAUGCAUCUAUAGUCCCGUAAAGCUGGCUUUAAAAUGCAUCCUUUAUCCUGAUCUUGUCCAUAUUCUGAUUGUGCCCACAUUUUCCGUCAGGUGUAGACGAUUAAAAUAUGCAAUGUGAUCCGAUUGUCAUCAGAUCUUCCUGACCACCUCCUGAGGUAGUCAGGCACGCUACAAGUGUAGACCAAUAUGGACAAUGAAAACAUUUAAAUCAUCAUUAUGAAAGAAUAGCUGUCAAAUCAUUUACAUACAGAGAGAGACCAAGACAUCUGGUCACAAUGCAGACACAGUGGAUGGAUGAGACACAUUAAAGCCAUGUGUAGACACAUUUCUGAAAGUGUGAGCACAAAUAGAAUGUGGACAAGAUGAGGACAAAGGACGCAUGUUAGUACCAGGUAUAAACAAGGCUUAUGUUUACUGUUACUGUAUAACUGGUUAAUUUCAGGUUAUUGCUUGCAUAGAUUUCAGCAUUGCCAAGCAUUCUGAGAUUCUAUGAAAUUACAUGCUUGGAUUUUAAUGCUCCCACAGAGUGGAGGGCAACCUUGCAUUGUAGCAAAAAUACUGCAAAGAAAUAUAUCAUAUAGGUUAUCAAUUCUUAAUGCGUUUUCCCUUUUUGCCUUUACCAUGUUAAAACUGUUACAAUUGAGGUUUAGAAUCAAUUAAUUCCUACAGAAGAAACAAGGCCUUUGAAAUGCAUAUUUUACAUUUUUAUACCACGCCAUUCCCUUCCAAUCAAAUCCCUACCGUCCCCGACCUCCCUCCGGGGCUGGUGGGGACGGUCUGAAAUAAGAAGUAAAAAAUGCAACAUCUGGAUGAAUCUAGACAGGUUAAAUACUCAGCCCCUCCACCUUUGUAUGGGAAUCUGUAAGAUUGAAUCUUCCCAAAGCUAAUUUUUGAAUAUGGAAACAGCUUGCAAUGUUUAUGCUCUAGCUAGAAGAUAAAAAAAACUAAAAAGGGUAGGUCACAGUGAUCUUGAAUGUUCUUUAUGCAUAUUUGGAAAACCUCACAAGUACUCUCCAAAGAUUGUCUAUUAUAUUGACAAGAUAGUCAAGUGACCGCUCUAACAAUGGAAAUACAUUUCCUCAAAGACAGAAGGCAGGGGAAGGCGAGAUUAGGUGGGACCAUUCUAGCCAAUGAGAGGGUAGAUACUUGUGUGAACAGGCUAUAGACUCAUCUUUGUAUCUGUGCCAUUAUAGCGUCUGCGACAGACCGUAUGAGCAGCACCAUUGAGGCCAUUUCCAUUUUAAAGUAGUAAUUUCUUCAUUGGCUGAUUGCUCCCAACGCAUAGGAUUCCCCACCCAGUUGACAAUAAAAUGGUGGAAUCCCUAAAUGUCCAUACUAAAACGGGUUAUAGUUAGGAGUCCUCUCUCUAUGACAACAUGCACAACUCCUCCUAUAGUGUUUGAUUUUGGUGGCCGAAAUGCCACGUGUCCACUUAUAUCAAUACAUUCAUUCACCAUAACCUAACCACUACGAAAAUUAUUUUUCGAGCAAACUAGCAAGUACACUUUUAUGGCCAAAUUUUUUACACUAUACAAAAAUUCCUCACUUCGUGCGCUUAUUUUCAUGGACAGAUUUUGGGCAGAGUAAAACAUCUCGCUUCUCCUCCACAAUGUUCUCCGGCCACCCAUACAUUGCUAAUGUAUUUCCACUUAGCAGAAAGCUGACUUUUUGCUAAAGAGAAAGAUCAAAAUAACAUGACAGCACAGCUCGCAGGUGUUUUUCAUUGCCUAACGGCCAAAUUGUCUCCACUGAACAGAAUCCAAAUAGCAGCCACACAGGCAGCCACUGAUAAUCCUCGAAACUGAUGAGAAGAAUGCUGGGCCUUGAAGGAAAAAGCUGUUUCUCGGCUGACUGGGUCCAUCCAAAUCACAGAGACCUAGACAGAUGGAGUCUAAGCAGGGCCCACUAGUGAGCAUGCAGGCUUCUGCUUCCUUCAGAUGAAUAGGCCACGAGCAGUCUGACAGGCCGGGACACAGAUUGGUGACUUAAUGGGGCAUAAAGGUGACGGACUGAGGUUCCCUGUCAGGGUUAACGUUAAUGCAUUUAUGGUUGGAUUUAUAUAUGAAAGACUUCCUCUAACAUUUGCUUACUGACAAAUUCAUUGGCAAUGGAUAGUUUCACACAAUGAUAGUGUACCAACCAACAUUUGUUUAUUUCAGCGCCGCAGUCAGCUAGCACAAAUCAAAAAUACAGGUCAGUUACAAACUCACUGUCUGCCAGUAUGUGGGUAUCUUUUACCUUUAAAAUACUUGCACCACAGCUUUACAAACAAGCAUAUCGGAAUUAUCUGGACAAAAAAAAAUGCA